GAGACCAUAAAACAUCUUUUAUUAUAUACAUAACGUGUAUAAUUGUAAUUAAAAAGAAAAAAGAAAAGAAUUCUUAAUUCAAUCACAUGGAUACUAAUCAAGCUAGUGAAACUUUUGAUUCAAAGGAUCAUCAACACAUACGUUAUAAUCCUUUGAAAGGAGAAUGGGUGUUAGUAUCUCCACAUCGUAUGAAACGACCUUGGGGAGGUCAAAUAGAACCAAGUAUGGAUGAAGAACUUCCUGAAUAUGAUCCUAAUAAUCCACUUUGUCCAGGAAAUGUUAGAGCCAAUGGAGAGGUAACUCCUGUUUAUGAACAAACUUUUUCAUUUGCGAAUGAUUUUCCUGCAUUAUUAGAAACAGUACCUUCUCCUCCAAAAUCCGAUGAUGAAUUGUUUCAAAUUGAAGCUGCUAGAGGAACAUGCAGGGUAAUGUGUUUUCAUCCAAAGUCAAACGUUACUAUAGCACUUAUGAAAGUUGAAGAUAUCGAAGCAGUAAUUAAAAAAUGGAUAUACGAAAUACUUGAGUUAGGUAAGCAAUGGACUUGGGUUCAAAUAUUUGAAAAUCGUGGAGCAUUAAUGGGAUGUAGCAAUGCACAUCCCCAUUGCCAAAUUUGGUCUAGUUCUUUUUUACCAAACGAAGCUAGAAUAAAAGAUAAAUAUUUAGCUGAUUAUUAUAAUCGUAAUAGAAAACCUCUUUUAAUCGAUUAUAUGCAAAAAGAAAUAUUGAAAAAGGAACGCAUUGUAUUAGAAAAUCGUGAUUGGAUAGUAAUUGUACCAUUCUGGGCAGUAUGGCCUUAUGAGACCAUGGUACUUCCAAAGCAUCAAGUAACAAGAAUGCAAGAUUUAUCAAAAAGUCAACAAGAAUCAUUAGCAGUUAUAAUGAAACAAUUAUGCAUAAGAUAUGAUAACUUAUUUCAGUGUUCUUUCCCAUAUUCUAUGGGAUGGCAUGGUGCCCCAACUGGUGAAUAUAUAAAACAAGAUUAUCCAUAUUGGACAUUUCAUGGAAUUUAUCUACCUCCAUUAUUGCGUUCAAGUACGAUCAAAAAACAUAUGGUUGGAUAUGAAUUACUUGCCCAAGUACAACGAGAUUUAACUCCGGAACAAGCAGCGAGUAAAUUAAGAAGUUUAAGUGAUAUCCAUUACAGAUAUCCAGAAACAAGUUUAUCAGCAGAAGAAUUAGUAAAAUACAAUUGAAUAUUUUUCUCAUGAUUUUUUUUGUAGUAUAUGUGUUUAUUUUAGAAAAAAUAAUAUUUUUAUAUAAAUUAUGUAAAAACAUAUGUAUUAUAUAUAAAUAUAUACAUAUAUAUGCUUUAGUUUGCUGUAUUUAUAGCAUGGGAGGUGACAGGAAAGUGUUUUUAAGCUCGUGUAAGUAAAACAAAUCAUGAAAAUUAAAAAAUGUGUUAUAAAACAAUCUUUAUAGUAACAGAAUAAAAGAAUAUAUUUUUAAUUAUUAA